AUGGAAUUCAGCAUCGCGCCACCAACGCCCUCUGGCGCGGGGGAGAUUGCCGAGAUUCACCUGCAAGCGAUGAGCAGCAAUCUCCUGCUGCACGCGCAGUUCCCGAGCGACGAGGCCUUGGGCUUUCUACGAGCAUGGCUUACGAAGGACUCGGUUGACCACCUUGAGAACCCGUCCCAGGGGGUUCUGGUUGCUAACAAGGAGGGGACGGGCGAGACGCUGGGGUUCGUGAAGUGGACGGUGCAUCGCGAGCCGGAGGGUGAGGAGGAGCAUGAGGAGUUGCCGGACUCGUGCCGGGCGAUAUAUGUGUACUCGUACGUCGAGUUGACGGCGAGGGUGAGGAAGGAGGUUAUGGGGACGGAACCAUACUAUCACGUUACCUAUCUGUGCACGAGUCCGGCAUAUGCGGCCCGGGGGGUCGGUUCGCGACUGUUGCGUAGUGUGAUGUCGCUCGCCGAGGCGGAGGGGACUGCGGUGGUGCUGGAGAGCACCAUGGACGCUGUGGCAUUUUACCAGAAGCUCGGUUUCGAGAUCAUGCAGGGGCUGGAUAUGAUGCUGCCCGCCAUAGGCUCGAGUGAUCCCACGGAACUGUACGAGGAGAGGUGUAUGGUGUGGAGGCCUGAUAAGCUAUGA